AUGUUCUGCUGCUCUGCAUUGGAGAACAUUCUGUGUACUGCAUAUAAACCGGACUGGGAAAAAACGGAACUAAGGGACACCCGUGCAAACCUUUAUGUAGAUUUUACUGCUCUUCUGUUUCAAAGCAGAGCAGCUAAUUUAAAUAAAGCCAACCAUGGAUCAGAAGACAGAAAACCCACUGACCUCCCAGGUCGUAAAAGACAAAAGAGGAAAGCACCAUGGAAGGAUGAACUCCCCAAAAAAGUUCCUACUCAGACUUCCAGAGGUUUUGGUGGUGAAACCAGUAAAUCAAUAACCACUGAAACCUCUCAAGUAAUCCCCUUAUGUGAUGAUUCAUCUGAAGAAAAUAGCCAGACCACAGGAAACAAAAAGGAACCUUCUCAAGGUACUCCUCAGAAACAGGAAUGGGUUUGCCGUGGCAAACGUACAGGAUUUGGACAUGGAAUAUGGGACACAUUAGUUAACAGUGAAAAGUCUAGCCAGACAUCUUCUCUUAUGUGGCGUUCCAAGUAUCCACACAACAAAUCUCAAUCUGCAUGUAAUAAUUCAGAUGGAAAUCAUGUGGCAGAAACAAGGAGAGCAUCUACUGAACUCCUGUCAUCAUUCACGUUUUCUCUAAGUGCAUUUGAGAACAGUAGUUCUUUGCCUGUGCCGUCGCAAUCAGUUUUUCAGAACCUACUUGGUAAGGGUAAGAUCUAUCAAGGCAACAGUGAUCUCCAGAAUCAGCAUGGAAAUGCAGAGGAGCGUAUGGAGCAAGGCAUACCACAUGCUCCUAAGUGCAUGGACAGCAACACAGAACAAAUAAAUCAAACACGUGAACCUUUACAUGAAAGAGAAGAUUCAGUCACAAACUCUGCUCAACAUUCCGAUGAAGAAAUGGACCCCAGUCAACAUUCAGAUUUGGAAAACAGUCCACUUCACUAUUCAGACGUGCAAAGUCACCUAGAUGAACAUAUUGUACUUGAUGAAUAUACAGAUGUUAAUAAUGAAUGUGGAUAUGAAGGUUCAGAUGGCAGUCCCGCUAAAUAUUCCGAUUUGGAAAGCUCCCUAGGGUUGGACCUUGCAGAAGCAGGAAAAUGCUGAGUGAAACUGGAGCAUUGGAUUGAAUCUUGGCUUCUGCACCAAAACUGUUUUAACAAUAUUAUCACUAAAGACAUGUUUCGCUGUAUGACGAUUUUAAAAAAGUUCUUUUACCUUUGUGUUUAUUUCCUGUUAAAUUGCUUGUUUAGUGCCAGAUAAGUUCACUGUGGACUCUUAACAGUAAAAUUGAUCUCCUUUCUUUACCUUGGUAGGUAUGAUGGUCAGCGACACUAGUAAUGCAGCACUGUAGUCAUUUUCUACUUUCCCAGUUUUAUUUAUUCUUGUUAUGUGUUUAACCAGUUGAGUGCUGGCUUUAGCACUUCAAAGGAACAUUGACAUUUUUUAAACUAAGGCUGGCAAACUCCAGUCCUCAAGGAUUACACUUAGUCCAGCAUUUUUAGGAUACCCCAACUUGAGCGUUAGCAGCUUGAUGAAAAUGGUUGAAACUGAUAAAAUCACUUGUGUCCAAGUCAGCAAUUCGUGAUCCAAAAUCCAUUCUAUGUUUGUAACCCAUUUUAACAUUCCUGUCGGUUUCAAAAAAAAAAAUGGUUUUAAAAGAAUCACAGCACCUAUAGGAACUGGAUUAAAGGAUAAUUGUUCUUUGUUGCAUCAGAUUUCAAAUAUGCAAAUUGAAUACAGUGAAAAUAUUCUCAUAUCAGGUCAAGCAGAGGGAAAGAAUGGUUUAUUGUUAGCCAGGGGAAUAGCCAGGCGUCAAGGUUGUUUCAACGCAAAUAAAUCACCAAAGUGAAGUAUAAAUGAUACCUUUUGACAGCUGAGUAUGGUACUUCCAGGGCACUGAGGUCCCUUCUUAAGGCUUAAAAAGAAAAAACCUAGGUACAGUAGUUAGUGUGACUAAAUAUUUACUGGGUACUUGACAUCAAUAUCCAACAUGCUUAAAAUGUAUACGCUUUAUUAAUUAUGUCAGCUAAAAAGACAAUAUACUAAUGCCUGUAUACACAAUUAAGUUUAAAUAAAAUAGGGAAAAAAUGGGGUUUCUCUAAAAAUUGGAAAUUUAAAUUGAUCCGUAUUACUUCUGACUCUAAAGUUGUAUAAAGCUCUAUGAAUAAGUUUGUGUGUACAAAAAUCUAUAAACAGAGGAACAUUUAAGUUCAGUUGUGUUAUUUGUAUUUUGAAAA